UCAGCUUCCCAUGCGAAAUUAAUGGCGGGUUGGCAAGCCGUCGCCGUCGCCUUCGCCGUCCCCAGCCGUGGCGGCAUUGCCCGCUGGGGAACGGCAUCCCAGAAUUCAAGCCGACAUGCCAAAAUAAAUAAAAGCGAAAAUGGGAACCAAAAUAGCGCGUUGACUCCGACCGGUCAAGCCGCCAUGGCCACCGUCCUCCAUCUUCAAAGUCGCACAUCCCGCCCUCCGUUCCGUCCCGUUGCUCUCGUUAACUCAGUCCUCGCCCGCUCCGGUCAGUCAGCCAGCCGCUCCGCUUUCCAUACCCAGAUAUUCCAAUCCAUGCCGCCGCUCCAGCCCCUCCUCCUCCUGCUACUCUCCGCUUCCUUUCUCCGGCUACCGUCGCCGGCCGGUGCCACCUGCUCGCCCAAGAGAUGCGGCGACCUGAACAUCACCUACCCGUUCUGGCUGGAGGAGGGCGGCGGCCGGCCGCCGUGCGGGUCCCCGUCCUUCCAGCUCAAGUGCAACGGCACCCACGCGUUCCUCAGCCGCUCCAUGUUCGGGAAAUACCAGGUCGCCCGGGUCUUCGCCGAGAACUCCUCCCUCGUCGCCGUGAACCACAACCUCCUCGUCCCACCCCAGGCCGGCUGCCCGCCGUGGUGGUUCAACAUCUCGCUGGGCCUCGGGCUGGGGCCCUACACCAUCAGCAGGAAGAACAGGGAGGUGCUCGUCCUCUACAACUGCACCAAGCAGCAGCAGGUGGCGCCGCCGGGGUUCAACCGCACGCGUUGCCCCGACGGGUCCUUCUACCGCCUUGGCGGGGAGUACGGCAGCCACCGCGAACUGGCGGAUCUGCCCCCCGCCUGCAACCUCUCCGUCGUGCCGGUUCUCGGUUUUCCGGACGGCGACGACGGCUAUCUCCAGAGCAUGAGGCGAGGGUUUCUGCUCGAGUGGGCGGUGCCGUCGGGCGACUGCCCCAAGUGCGAGGCAAGCGGCGGGCAGUGCAGGUACGCCAGCGACGGCACCGGGUUUUCCUGCAGUUGCUCCGGCGUCGCCCACCGCGAGAAGUGCGGGGACCGUAAAAUGGGAACAGGGACGAUUCUUAAAAUAGUUGGCGCAGGACUAGGUGGUGCUGUACUCAUGGCAUGUCUCGUCUGUUUUGUCUCGUACAAACGCAAGAAGAGGAAACAAGCUAUAGCUUCAAAGGAGUUCAUGCGAAGUGGAUCAUCAAUGACGUCAUAUAGUAAAGACCUUGAGUUGGAUGGUUCUCCUCAUAUCUUCACUUUCGAGGAACUUGAAGUAGCUACUGAUGGAUUUAGUGCCUCAAGGGAGCUUGGUGAUGGUGGUUUUGGAACUGUUUAUAAAGGAAAACUCAAGGAUGGGAGAGUAGUUGCAGUGAAACGCCUUUACAAGAACAACUACCGAAGGGUUGAGCAAUUCCUGAAUGAGGUUGACAUCCUGUCCCGCCUGCUCCACCAGAACCUUGUGACCCUAUAUGGAUGUACGUCUCGGAUGAGCCGUGACCUUCUUCUGGUGUACGAGUUCAUCGCAAAUGGGACGGUCGCGGACCAUCUUCACGGAUCCCGUUCGGCGGAACGAGGCCUCACAUGGCCUCUGAGGCUGAACAUUGCCAUAGAAACGGCUGAAGCACUGGCCUACCUCCAUGCCGUCGAGAUCAUACACCGAGAUGUGAAGACGACUAACAUAUUGCUGGACAACAGCUUCCAUGUCAAAGUUGCAGACUUUGGGCUGUCGCGCCUGUUCCCGCUCGAGGUCACCCAUGUCUCGACCGUUCCACAGGGCACACCGGGCUACGUCGACCCGGUGUACCACCAAUGCUACAAGCUGACUGACAAGAGCGACGUUUACAGCUUCGGCGUCGUCUUGGUGGAGCUGAUAUCGUCGAAACCUGCUGUGGACAUGAGCAGGAGCCACAGUGAGAUCAACCUGGCGAACAUGGCUCUCAACAGGAUUCAGAAUCAUCAAGUUGUUCAGCUGGUUGAUCCGGAACUCGGCUACGACACCGACCCCGAAACGAAGAGGACGAUCAAUCGCGUCGCCGAGGUGGCCUUCCAGUGCUUGCAGCUCGAGAGGGAUCUGAGGCCGUCGAUCAAGGAGGUGGUGGAGAUCCUAACUUGCGUCAGGGAUGGAGACUGUCAAUCUAAGAGCAUGAAGAAGAAGGCAUCUCAGAAAGAGGACGUGUGCUUGCUCGAGGACGGCCUGCAGUUCUCGCCCGACACGGUCAUACAUAGAUUCCAUAGCCAGUCAACUAACCACUCGGUAGCAUCAAAUGCUAGCGGAUUGUCUAACAGUAAAUGUUGAAAAGAAUGCUGCAUAGGCCCUUUUCGGCACUCUUUGACACUCACAAAAAAAAUUAAUAUUAAAGCUUGGCAACAUGGGGUAUUCGUUUAGCUGCAA